GCCCCAAGGGAUUCCCCGGACGAGGCCGGCCUAUCCUUGGCCCUAAGGGUGCCAAGGGUAUCAUGGGCCCUGCUGGGGAGCCUGGCCUCAUGGGUGCCAAUGGGAGGGUCGCUUUCGACGGUGCCAAAGGCCAGAAGGGGGAUCGCUGCGUGCCCAAAGAACGCUCACCAUGCGAAUCUGGCGCCGAGGGGGAUUUCGGGCGCCAGGGGACUUCCGGAAUCCCUGGCUUGGUGGGUCUGCCUGGUCCCCGCGGCGCCAAGGGGGCUCCCGGGGAACGUGGGUUUGCCUGGUAUUCGUGGUAUUAACGGCGUACCAGGGGCUUAUGGUCUCUCCGGCGCCCAGGGCUGGAAGGGGGAGGAAGGUGACCUGUUACCAGGUCCUUUCGUCAAGGGCAGGAUCGGUGACGACGGGUUUCCAGGUCUUCCGGGUCUCUACGGUCAAAAGGGUGACCCGGGUUUCGACGGGCGACCUGGCCUCGAAGGCAGGGCGGGCUCGA